AUGGCUGAUGGUUCUAAAUAUAGUUUUGACAGAAAUGAAUUAACUUCCGUAAAGUAUUAUACUACGCUGGAUACAGGAGUUAAAAGUGAAUAUAAUUCUAUAACAUUCUGUAGUCCUAAAGAAAAAGAAAAUUCAAUAGAUGACUACCAAGAAAUUAAGGAAUUCUGUUCAAAAUUAACACAUUAUUUAAAAAGAGAAAACAAACAUAUGAAACAAUGUAAUUUGAACAAUGAUUUCUGCAAUAUAUUAAGUUACUGGUUAUAUGGAAAAUUAGUAAUAAUGUGUAAAAGUGUUAAUUGUAAGGCUAACGAUAUUUAUAAUAAAAUUUUCAAUAUAUUAACGCAGUCUUCGAAUUCUAGAAUGUUCCAGAGCAACCCUUAUUUCCGUUGUAAACUGGAUUAUAACAUAAAUUUGAAUAACAAUUGGGAAAACAGAAAGAAAUUAUUUGAUUAUUAUUUGGACUAUGAAAAAAUUAAGGAAAAGUAUAAAAAUGAUAAAGAAAAAUGUGAAACAUAUCGUAGAUAUUUUGUUGAUAAAGAAGAUCUAUACCUUCAUUUUGAGAAAGAUUGUACAAAUGGUAGUGAAAUUCAGUGCCCAAUACCAUAUGAGAAAUAUAAAAAUUGCGAUCCAAGAGAAGUUAUUAAAGAGUUUAUCUGCCACAAGGAAGCACAAGAAGAAGUUGUGAGUUUAAAAACGUCAUCUCCUGAAACAUCAGAUAUUCAUCCAGAAGUUUCAGGGUAUUCCUUUAGUGAACCAAUCAUUCCUUCAACUGAAGAAGAUGGUUAUGAUGGAGAAGUAAAUGAAAUAGAAACAUAUGGAGAAUCCGAUAAAAUAAACGAGCGUUUCAGUCCUCUAGCAGUGUUUUGUAAUGUCUUUCUAGGAGGAAUAAUCAUUUCAUUACUUGUUGGUGUUUUAUAUAAAUUUACACCCAUAGGUAAUCAGUUAAGAAAUAUCAUGGUAAACAGAAAGAAUACAGUUGGACAUCUAAAUAAAGAAAGAAAUGAAUUAUAUAAUGAUGUAUCAGAAUAUCUUAAUCCUUAUUAUAAUGGUCCACAAGAUCAUUACGUAGGGUUCAGCACUUUGUAA